UCUGACGAGACAAGAUAUGUCAAAAAAGUAGGUUUUUACAAGGUGAUCAAAUUUUCGCCGAAAAUAGCAGAUUUAUUAUUUCAUUGCUUUUUGAAUGUAAUAUUAUAUGAUUUUAACAUUUAAUGUUCCCAAUUUCUCAUUGCUUUACGUAAAUAAUGUCCACGCAUUCCUUUUCCCCUAAACGUAAAUUCUGUGCAUCUGGAUUCUUGUAAAGAUUGCAACUGAAACAAUUAUGUUGUUCUAAAGAAAAGAAGACCCUACAGGGGUCUGGCUUAGCCGACCUCUGGUUUUUAUUUGCUCAUAUUUAAUUAUAUUUUAAGAUCGGUGUCAUAUCUACAUUGUACCUGUAAAUAAAAUAUCAUAGAGUAACACAAAGUACACAUAUAAGGAAUUUCAAUUAUUUUAAUAAUGAGUAGGGCACCUGAAGCUGAUUGCACAAAAAAGUGCAAAUCUCGCACACAUGGACAAAUAUUGUCAAGUGCUAUAACUAAGAGGUCCAUUAGUGAUGCAUCACUUGCCAGUUUUAUUAAAGCAACAUGCGCCAAUUUCACCAAAGCAUUCGACUUUGAGGGUCGUACAGCUUUGCAUAUGGCCGUAUCGAGGGGUAGAAAUGAAUUAAUGCAUUGGCUUAUCAAGCAUUCGUCAGAGGCUUUUAUAAAUGCAAAAGACCGAGAAUCAGGCUACACUCCACUGCACAGAAGCAUAUUUUAUGGACAAAUACAUUCAGCAGUAUCUUUAAUUAAAAUUGGAGUAUACCCAGACAUAUUGGACAAGGAUGAUUAUAAGGCCUUUGAGCAUGCAAUGCUCGACCGUCAAUACGUCUGCAAAGUGGGUAAUGACAUGCCAAAUGAUGUGUAUGUGUGGGGCAGCAACUCUAACUAUACUUUGGGGACAGGAUCCCACCAGCCCAAGAAUACACCUGACCUGCUGACCUGCUUCAGUCGGACCAAUGAAGAUAUUAAACAAGUGUGCCUUGGCAAGUUUCACAGCGUAUUCGUCAGCGCUAGUGGUGCGGUGUGGUCCGCUGGCCAGCCCAGCCGGGCUGGCGGGUCGGCCGCCACAGCGUUGCGACCAACUCCCCUGAAACUUCACGAGCCUUGCAGACAAGUCGCUUUGACCCUCACCUCUACGGUGUUCCUGCUGCAGAGCGGUGCGAUGAUCCAAUAUUCCUCCAAUAGUUCUGACAAUAUGAACCCUGCUUCUAAAGUGGCGACUACUAAGUAUCAGAUAUCGAAUCCCAUAGGCGUGUGCGCGGGACGGUCCCACGCCGUGUUGUGGAACGCGAGAGGCGUUUACACUUGGGGCCUCAAUUUGGGGCAAUUAGGACACCAGGCUGAGGAGAAAGUGGUCCCCAUGCCGAAAAGAGUUGCCAUAUCAAUGAAUAACAAAGAGGACACGAAAUUCGAGCUAGUGGAUGCUUCAGAUGCUGCCACGGUUAUCACCACCAGCCGCGGCGAUGUUUAUCUCCUACAUAAAUAUAUUUGCAAGAAAAUCGCUGUUAAACAAAUCAACUUACACCAAGUAUGUGUAGAAGCAAAGGUCAGUGAGACAGGCGUGUAUUCUCGCGUUACCGUUCUAUUGCUAACAAAUGUUGGACAACUUAUGAUAUGGCAGGAUACUACCAACCGUCUUACCAGAUGCGUCUUUGGCCUCGCUCACCAAGUAAAAAUAACGCAAAUGGCGCUAACUCACGACGCUCUCUACUUCACAACAAAAUACGGCGAGGCAUUCAUUGGUCACAUCUCGCGCAAGACCACGCCCACUCCCGUCCAACCAAUCAGGAAAGAGAAGGAGAAAGAUGGCGGCAAAUCGGCGCUCGUAAAGUUUCUAGAAAAGGACGACUGUACAUCUGUGAUGAUUAUCAAAAUUCCUAACAUACACCGAGCUACAGCCAUUGCGGUUGAUUAUGAGGGAUUGAAUUUUGCUUGUUUACAGAAUAAACCAACAUGCGGUCUGCUAUCGCUACCCGAAUUAUCUCCAACGAGUCUCUCAAAACAUAUGGAAUCUCUCAUAGAAACUGCUUCGGAUGAUGACAUAUUACAUGAUGUCACUUUUAAGAUUGGAUCAAAACUGUUUCCUGCACAUAUGUUCAUAAUAGCAUCAAGCAGCGAGUUAUUAUACAAGCUAUAUCAAGAAGCAAACAUCGAUGGUGAAAAACCCACAAUCUGCUUAGAAAAUGUCCUUCCGGAAGUUUUUGAAAGAAUUCUCAAAUACAUGUAUACUGGGACGUGCGACGUUGCCGAAUUAGGCCCGUGCGGCUUGAAGAUAAGGAAAGAAGAUAUAAUUGGCCUGAAGAAGGAGAGAGAUGUAGAUGUCGAAGAAGAAGUCGUUGAAAACCCAUCGGAAAUAUCAGCAUUCGAAGUGUACAAGCACCAAGACAAGCGCAAGAGCAGCAGACGUCGACAGCACGCGGCGGGCGCGCCCACGCCCACGCGCACGCACCUCUACUGCGACCCGGUGAAACUCGUUCAGGCAUCUGCUAAGAGGCUGCAAGUUAUGGGAUUGCAUAAGUUGCUUGAGAAGUUCUAUUAUAAAGACGGCUCAGUAUGUCUCCGAGAGAGCGCAUCUUACACAAAGAACACCCCGCAAACUUGGGACCGGGACAGUUUCCCAGAACUUGUGAACACCAACGUCUGUUCCAAAGAUGGCGUCCUUAUCUCUGCGCACAAGUGCGUGCUUGCGGCUAGAUUGGAGUACUUCCAUGGGAUGUUUAUGCACUCUUGGACUGAGAGUAAAAUGUUAUCCAAAGUGACAAUACCAAUCAAUCACGGUAUUCUCCUGCCAGUCAUCAACUUCUUAUACACAGAUGCCUGUCCCGAAAUAGAGAAGUCUGACAGCAUCGACUUCAUUUGCAGUAUGCUCAUUGUCUCCGACCAGCUGUUUAUAGGCCGUCUUAGAGAAAUGUGCGAGGUGGCUCUAGCCAACCUAAUUACUUUGAAAAAUUGCGCUGAAUUGUGCCAAUUUGCCCACACAUACAACGCUAUCCAACUUAAGCAGUGCUGCAUGGAAUUUAUAUCGUUAAAUAUCGCAAAUAUCCUUGAAAACAGAGCUUUAGACCCCUUAGAAGAGGAAUUACUUGUGGACAUCAGCAAAUAUUACUGCAAAUUUAACCCUAUAAUGUCUUCUCGUAUUAUAACCCCCUUCUCAAUUGCACCGAGCGAUGAAACUAUUGAAGAAUGUGCUAAAAACUUCCCGGUUGAUUUGGAUUUCAUUGAUGAAGAAUAUGUUAAAGAUAGCAGCAUUGUGGAAGUCAGUAAAAAGAAGACAAAGUCCAAAAAAAUUGAGUAUACUGAAAGUGAGAAAGCCAGAAUGCGAUACGAGUCUGUUAGUUCGGUGAAUUCUCUCGAUCUGAAUGAUUCGUCUGGUGACAUCACUCUGUCGCUCAAAGAAAUUUCAAAAGAAACGGUAAAGUCAUCUGAGAAGUCCAACAAAUGGACUGAAGUGUUAUCUCCUCAGCAAAAACAACAAAAAGUUGUUCAGGCCCGUUUGAAAGCCAUAUCAGCUGCAAAAGAAAUACUCAAUGAAGCACCUGCUAACACCUUUACUAAACUAACAAAAAAUAAUUCAUCAAAUACCAUUCAAGAUCUUAACUCUCCAACCACAUCGAGAAUGUCUACAUCACCCCAAGAAUCUUCAAUUACGGAACUUGUUAAUAGGAAUUCACACUGUAAUUUGGUAAUCAGCCAUGUUGGUCCAAAACUGUCUCAAAAGCAAAGAAAAAAAUUGGCUGCAAAUGACAAUGCCUCUGUUCAGACGCUAGACACUUACUUGGCUAAUAAAUUAAAUGUUGGAUCACCGCCAGAUAAACCCAAAAACCCAUGGAAAAUAUGUGAAGCACCUAUUGCUAGUAGCAGUCCUAAAUCUAAUGAAAAAUCGUUGCAAUUUAAUCAAAUACUUGCUGAUCAAAAGAAACAAAAAGACGACUCAUCAAGGAUCAUGUCAAAACCAUUAACUUUGACUCAGCUUGAAGACAAAGCUAUAGAAGAUCUGGAACGAUUCUACAACAUACAUGAAGUAGACGAUGAGCUUAUAACGGUGAAACGCAUUGAGCUUCAGGUCUCCUCACCGCAAUGGAUACACACUGCCCCAAAGUGAUAUUGAAGUGCAAUUUUAUAUUUUACAUACUAUAACAAUAAUAAAAUUAAAUAUUACGUAUUU